GCUCCAUUUUCUCAUCUCAUCCUGCUUUUUGUUUCAAAAAUCUGGUGAAAUCAUGGGUGUUUUCACUUAUGAAUCCGAAGUUAUCACUUCAAUCCCCCCAGCCAAGAUGUUCAAGGCUUUUUUUCUAGAUGGUGACAAGUUCAUACCCAAGGUUGUUCCUCAGGCCAUCAAGAGUGUUGAAAUCAUUGAAGGCAGUGGAGGGCCUGGAACCAUCAAAAAGGUUACUUUUGGUGAAGGAAGUCAGCUUAAUUAUGUUAAGCAUAAGGUUGAAGCACUAGAUGAGGAGAAUUUCGUCUACAGCUACAGUGUGAUUGAGGGUGAUGCCUUGAUGAACAGGCUUGAGAAAAUCACUUACGAUGUCAAGUUAGAGGCAUCUCCUGAUGGUGGAUCCAUCUGCAAGAGUACCAGCAAGUAUUACACCCUCGGUGACAUUGAGAUCAACGAAGAAGAAAUCAAGGCUGGAAAAGAAAAGGCGUCCGGACUGUUCAAGGCUGCAGAAGCUUACCUCCUGGCAAAUCCUGAUGCCUAUUAGUAUUACCUUAAUCUGUAUUUGUAUGUUGAGAUAAAUUUCAAUUAUCUUUAUCAAGUACUUGCUUCUGCCUGUGAUGCAACUUGCCAGUGUCCUGAAGUUAUUACGUUAAGAGUUCAGUGUUGUAUUACUUUAAGAAUCAUGAGAAUAAGGCUUUUCUUGCAUCAAGUAGACACCCUGAUGCCUUGUGAAAAAUUCGAUCAUAAGACAACACUCCCUUUCAGUGAUCAUAUGAAAGUUUAAAUUGAGUUUGUGUUUGAGGCAGUGAUCUUCCUUUUUAUUCCCUCUUUUCUGUUUUCUGUAUGUAAAUAAGGGUAGUCUCCUGGCUACUUGGGUUGUAAAUGCUCCAAUGGUGUCCAGAAUCAAGUGGAUUACUAUAAAUAGAAAGGAGCAACAUAUGUUUCUGCACUAUAAAUUAUUUUAUGAUCA